AUGGUUCAGGCCCAAGGAACCGAAGGAAGGGAGGGAAACGAGCUCGUGUACCUGACCGAAGUCCCUGCCGGCUGGAGCCUGGCGACUCUCAUCGACGCCUUCGUGGAGUUGUCGGCUUGUCUUGCAGACACCGGCCCCGCGGCCCGGGCUCGUUGCUCCGUGCUCCGCCGGCUGGUGGAGCUCUGGGCCUCCCAGCCUUCGGAGGCCGAGGCCUGGCUUUUAAGGCGCCAGGAGCUCUACGCGCAGGAGCUGAAUGACAAGCCCAUGGCGAGGCCGGAGCUCCUGAGCGAGGCGCUGCUUCGGCACGCCGCGGCCGAGUGCGGCCAGCACUGGUGCGGCUCCGGCUGGAGCCACUUCUCCGACUCGGGGCUGCGACGAGCGAAGCCCUGCGGCACGGCAGCAGACCAGGAGUAUUGGGUGGCUUGGUAUCUGCAGCAUCACGACACCCGCACGCGCUGCCAGCAGCUCGCAGAGGAGCUCGUAAGGGCCGAAAGCGAGGCGCGGGAGGCCCGGGAGGCCGCAGCACAGCAGGCCUCGCAGAAGCGCCAGCGCCUGGCAGAGGAGAUCGCGGAGCGCCGUCGCCUCCAAGCAGAGCUCCAAAGAUCUCAGGAGGAGUGCCAGCAGCUACACAGCCGCCUUGCUGAGGCAGAGACCAGGCUGUCCGAGAAGGCCCAGCAGUGCGAGGAGCUCGCAACUCGCGCGGCAGCCGCGGAGUCCUCGGCAGAGGAGAUGCAGAAGGAGCUUCAGCAGCGGCAGUUGCCGGAGGAGCACAGCAAACGCCAGGAGGCUUCCGAGUGUGCCAAGACUAAGAAGCGCCUCGCAGAGGCCGAGUCCGAAGCCUCCGAUGCCUCUGGAAAGCAGCGAAGGCUGGAACUUGAGAGUCGCAGCGAGCCGGAACUUUCGGAAAAGGGGACGGCAGAAGAGGCGGAAGAGGUUGGGAGCAAGUCCCAGCUGCGGCUUGAGAAGGCGGUGCUCCAGGAGCGCUGCGAGCAGCUCCAGCAGCAGCUUGCUAAGGCGGAGGCGAAGCUGGAUCUCAUGCAAGAUCUGCGGGAAGAGAUCGGCAUGUACAAGGAGCGCCUGCGUGGGCUGGAGCGCCAACUUGCCGAGACAAGGAAGGCGGAGAGCUGUUCGCUUGGUGUCAUCUCAGGUCCUACAAGUCAUACCUCCCUGAAUCUUCAUGGCCCAGCCCCCACCGAGGCAGCCUGCGGUCAGCGUGGUCAGCAGGAGCCGGAUCGGGCCUCCGUCCCGAGUGAGUCCUCAAGCUACCCCUCAAACCCGAGUCACUUCAUGUCGGAUGCCAUCUUCAAGAGCCCAAAUAUGGACUCCAACGACCUCUGCCGGGGGAUAGACCUUCAGAAAGGUUCGCAGGUCCUGGCUCUCGAUGGGGAGACGGUCUUGGAAGUGGUGGAGAUCUCGCAGGAAGGGCAAGCGACGGAAGUGGUGGACUUGCAAGCGGGCCUUGCAACCCUGCGGGUGAUUUCGGACCAUCCUGUGCAACUUGCUGAUGAAGGCUGCGAGGGACUCCCUCGUUACGUCCCGGCAAGCAAGCUGAAGAAGGGCGACGCCGUCAUGCUUCAGGCGGGGGAGCCGGUGGCCCUCACCGGCGCCGAGACGCAGCCCAUGGAGUGCCAGGUGCUGAAGAUCCUCUUCAAGCCGGACUUGCCUGCGGCCGUCUUCCCGAGCCCAUCCUGUUCCCCAGCCUCCAAGAGGCCCAAGAAGGGGCCCAAGAAGAAAUCGCAGCUGCGCCGUAGUGGCGGCGGGAGGAGAGUAGCCAGAGUAGCCACAUGCAGAAAGCACAGGCCUUGCGCAAGCAAGGGCCCUCACAAAGAACACACCGUGGCUGCCGAGUUUUCGAAGUUGCUUUCCGAACGUGGCGUCACCCGCAGCAGGAGAGGCAAGUCUUCCGCCGCUCCGAUGGAUGGAGGAGCCUCCAUUCCCGAAACUGCGGCCGGGGAGGACAUGGCCUGA